GCUGUCUCCAAAUAUAUUUUUUAUUCUCUUUAAAAACCUCCAAAUUUCAAAUAUUUGUUCUCAGACUUUGAUUUUGCUUUUUUUUUGUUUUUUUUUCAGAUUCCUCGUUAGGUGGUGCAAUGAAGAUUCUUAUCAAGACAGAGAAGGGAAAGACCAUAAACCUAGAGCUUGAGGAUAGCUCCGAGACAAUCGACAUCAAGAUCCAUGCAGAGCCGACCCGUCAACUGGUUUUGGGUCUGGGUCAGGGACCUCAGGGUGAAAUGAUGAGUAUUUUUGUAUCAACGCUUAAGGGGAAAACAUUCAACCUAGAGGUGAAGGGAUCUGAGAUCAUUCAACAAGUCAAGAACAUGAUCCAUGACCAGGUCCCACCAGUGAAGAAGCAAGAGGCAAAUUGAUCAGCUCGGUGACUCGCUUAAAACAAGAUCCUAUCUUUGUUUGGUAUACAAUCAAUGAGGCUGGUGCACAAUCGUCCGCUCCCAUGUUCAAGAAUCCAAACUUCCUCCCUUCUAUUUAUAGUUCUAUGAUACACUUCCAAAGAAAAGAAACAUAAUCUCUUAAAUUUCGGACCAAGAUUUUUCAUACAAGCAAUUUUGUAGAUAAACUUUGAUAUGAUUUACCUCGAUAAUAGCGGUCGUGUUACCAACAACAAAAUGUACGUACAGUAUUUCUCUUUGGGAUUGGAUUGGAAAGUGGACGAAUUUGUAGAUUAUGGAUACAGAGAAUCGUUAACUCCAAUAUGAAACAGAUAAACAUCUCUUGAUAUAAUCAUUGCAUAAUUGUGUUCUCAAAUUUAUCACCUUGAGUGGUUAAAAGGGUUUAAAAGGUCAAAC